CCUCACCGCAGCCCCCCGAGCGGUCGCCGCCUUUUGGGCCGCACUCCCGGCGUGCCCCGCACUCGCCGCCUCCCGGCCGCCCCUCCUUCCCUUCGCAGCGCCACACCGCCGGAGCCCGAGCCGCCGCCGCAGCCUCAGCCGCGGGCGCUAUGGCUUCUGGAGUUACAGUGAAUGAUGAAGUCAUCAAAGUUUUUAAUGAUAUGAAAGUAAGGAAAUCUUCUACACAGGAGGAGAUCAAAAAAAGAAAGAAAGCAGUUCUCUUCUGUUUAAGCGAUGACAAAAGACAAAUAAUUGUAGAGGAAGCAAAGCAGAUCUUGGUGGGUGACAUUGGUGAUACUGUAGAGGACCCCUACACAUCUUUUGUGAAGUUGCUACCUCUGAAUGAUUGCCGAUAUGCUUUGUACGAUGCCACAUACGAAACAAAAGAGUCUAAGAAAGAAGACCUAGUAUUUAUAUUCUGGGCUCCUGAAAGUGCACCUUUAAAAAGCAAGAUGAUUUAUGCUAGCUCUAAAGAUGCCAUUAAAAAGAAAUUUACAGGUAUUAAACAUGAGUGGCAAGUAAAUGGCUUGGAUGAUAUAAAGGACCGUUCAACACUUGGAGAGAAAUUGGGAGGCAACGUAGUAGUUUCACUUGAAGGAAAACCCUUAUAAAAUGACAGUCAAGUGCCAUCUGGAUCUUAAGGAGCUUCCAUUUCUCCAGCUCAGUCAAUUGGAAUAGUAUUAGGUUUUGGUUUUUUUUUUU